AUGAGCUCCUUCUCAUUCGGCAGUUUACCUAAGAUCAAGACCCGCAAGGCGCUUCUGUUACUCGACUUCCAGAACGACUUUGUCCGUUCGUCCGGCGCCCUUCAUGUCCCUAAUACGGCCGACAUCCUUGAAAUUCUACCACCACUAGCCGCUGCUUUUCGUCGCGCCGGCGAUGUAGUGUGGGUGCGCUCGCAGUUCGAGUCUCCACAAUCGCUCGCCGACUGGAACUUUGGCGAUCGGGUUGUCCUGGACAGAGAGCCACCCGGGCGGGAGCGUGCGCCCGCCUCCGACGUGAUCGAGGCGUCAUCUGAUCGCGAUUCACCAGAGCUUGUCGAUCCAGAGGCAUUUCUUUCGACGAAAUCGGCGAGAUGUUGUGAGGCACGAACGCCCGGAUUCCAAUUUCCAGCACCCGUUCUCGCCGCCAUCGAUGCCGAGCGAGACACAGUAUUGGACAAGACGAGUUACUCGGCUUUGGAGUCCGAGGGGUUGGUGCUAUCAUUUCGCCAGCGCUUUGUGACCGAGCUUUAUCUCUGUGGCUCACUGUCCAAUGUUUCCGUAUAUGCCACUGCCUUAGAUGCUGUGCGCAAUGGCUUCUCGGUGACUCUCAUCGAAGAUUGUCUGGGCUACCGUGACUUCCAGCGCCACCAAGAGGCAAUGCGUCGCAUGGCGGAUGUUCUGGGCGCAACCGGUAGCACCGCUCAAGAGCUUGCUCAAGAGCUCGAUUGGGAUGAGACGGACGCCAUCGCCCGUGAAAUUGCCCCUGUGCCCCAGCACUCGGCUGUCUCAGCUGGUAUCGAAAGUAUCAUCGACAGUUUAGGCGUCAGGGGCGAUGACUCGAUCUCCGAAGAGACCCCAGAUCAGGGCGAUGGCAGUCUCGCAAAUCUCGUAUCGCAGACCCGAGCCCAGCGGGCUGCGGCCGCACCCACACGGGCUUCCGCCGAGGGAAAGAAGCAUGUCCGGGCUCGAGUGCGCCGUCCUAAACGUCGUGAACUAACUCCCGACCCGGAGUCUAGUAACGGUGCCAUUGGAGAAGGUGAUUCUCGCCUGAUUCCGGAUGUUGAACUGCCUACUGACGCAUUUCAGCGCAUCCGAGCCGAGGUCUCUUGGCAGAAGAUGUAUCAUCUAUCAGGACAGGUGCCUCGCCUGGUGGCGGUGCAGGGCCAUAUUCAGCCUAACGGCGCUGUCCCGAUUUACCGACAUCCCGCAGACGAGGCCCCUCCGCUCGAUUCAUUCACUCCCGCUGUUGACAAAGUACGCCUAGCAGUGGAGGCGAUCCUAGGUCAUUCAUUAAAUCAUGCGCUUGUCCAACUCUACCGUGAUGGACAGGACAACAUCUCCGAACACUCCGACAAAACCCUCGACAUCGUUCGUGGCUCUUUCAUUUGUAACGUCAGCCUCGGCGCUCAGCGUGUCAUGGUUCUACGCACCAAAUCCUCCGCCCGUGAACCCAAGGAAGGAGCCGACUCAGGGCGCACUACCCAACGCGUUGUACUCCCUCAUCAAUCACUCUUCGUCCUUGGCGAGAAGACAAACAUGCGAUGGCUACAUGGCAUUCGGCCGGACAAGCGUUCCAAUUCUGUCAAAUCACCAGAGGAGCUAGCUUUCGGUGGUGAACGCAUCUCACUGACUUUUCGGAAUAUUGGAACCUUCAUCGAACCGGCUUCCAACACUAUCUGGGGCCAGGGGGGCGUGGGAAAGACAAUGGACCUAGCUCGACCUGUAGUCUAUGGAGAUCCUACAGAGACCGAACGACUGAUCCGCUCAUUUGGGCAGGAGAAUCGUGCAACUGAGUUUGACUGGGAGGCAGUCUACGGCGGCGGGUUCGACGUAGUGAAUUUUGUCACCGCAUCCCCAUCAAGGCUGGUCCUCAGUGGGGAUCAGGUGGCAGACUUGCGGGUUCUUUUGGCUCUCGGAGAGGAUGGGAUUCGAUACGAGUUUGUUGAGAGCUAUCAAGUGGACCACUAUAAUGAGAAUACCACAACUCUACCGCUCUAUAUUGAUCCCCAAGGGGCGACUUUAACUGGUGCCUUGACCAUCUUGACACAUUUGGUGGAACAACCUGCUGAAACAACUCGUCCCGGCGUGGGUCUUUUACGAAGGGGAACUCACUUGUCAUGGAUUGAAGAGUUGCUUGCUUGUUGGCGCGAUCGUCGCUCCGAGAACGGAGCUCUUGAAACCGAACUGGGCCACUGUGAGCAAGCCCUUGAAGGACAACAUUAUAUCGGAGGCGCAGCUUUUAGCAUUGAUGAUUGCUUGCUGUGGCCCGUUCUGCGUGAGAUGGUGCAGACACAAGGAGAUUUCGAUGCUCGAUUUGUGAAUUUGAAUCAGUACUACCAGCGAGUCGAGAAACGAAGCAUCGUGCGGAACAUUCUGGAGGCUCGCUGA